AAAACUAGUUUUCUAUUGACUGCCAAUGGCGAACAACGACCUUCCUGAGGAUAUCAUUGUGAAAAUUCUGACCAGGCUGCCUGUCAAGUCUUUGGUCCGAUUCCGUUGUGUUUCGAAACGGUGGCGUUCUAUACUGUCCGACUCCCAGUUUGCCAAAUCCCAUUUUAGACUAGCCUUCGAGCAGAAAACCCUCAGUCACAGACUCCUCGUCUCCGGGUCAUCUAGUCUUGAAUCUUUAGAUUUGGAAAAGCCAUUCGGAAUCGGAAACGAGUCUUCAGUCAGAGAACUGGCCUGCCCGCUCCAGCAAUUUGGGGAGCGUGUCUUGCUACUGGGAUCGUGCAAUGGCUUGGUGUUUAUAGGUCUUGAAAAUUGUAGACACUUGUCUAUCUGGAACCCUUUGUUAGGACUUUUACACAACUUGCCUUCCCCAGGGUUUUCGACGAAAGAGAACAGCAAUGUAUCUCUUUUUUAUCAUGGUUUUGCUUAUGUUUCAGCCACUGACGACUACAAAGUUAUUGUGGCAGCUGAUUUUGGGGAUGAAGUUGAGGUUGAGGUCGAGAUCUUUUCAAUGAGAGCUAAUAUUUGGAAAAGGAUUGAAGCCUCUAUCGAGUCUGUAAUCCAGGGAGAGGGGGUUCUUUUAAAUGAGGCACUUCAUUGGCUUGAUGACUUGAAUGUACCAGAACCAGUUAUCUUUGCACUUGAUUUGGUAAAGGAGGAGUUCCGAAAAAUACAGCUGCCUAAUUUUAUGGGAGAUGGCAAGGAUUUCCGCCAUUUGGAGGUUGUUUAUGGAGGACGCCUGUUAGUAUCUCGUUAUAUACCGUGUGCUCGUGACACUUUUCGUUAUGUCGAUUUUUGGGUCAUGGAAGAGUAUGGUGUUUGCCAAUCCUGGACUAAGCUGUUUGACUACGAGGUUUCCCACAAGCCUGGGUAUUGGUCCCUCAUACCAAUCCUGGUUAUGGAGACUAUAACACUUACUGUGCAGAUGACCUGCAGGGCUGACAUUUUGGUCAAGCAUGAUCAUAAAGAAGGGAAGCUCUCCUUUCACUUUCUUGAUAGAUAUAAGUGGCACAUGAUUAAAUAUGAGGAGAGUUUACUUUGGCUCAGUGAUUAUUAUGCAGUGGAAGAGAAGAUCAAAAGACUCAAAACCGAACACAAGUCCUGACAAGCUAAAAUGGAGAGGAAAGAUUCUUCAAUGCAUACAAGUGCUGUCGUACCCCGUGAUGACUAACUACCUCAAGUCGGGCUGGAGAUGCCAAAAGCUUCACUAGAAGGCCCCGUACAUCGAGUUAGUCACCUCUCCGAACAGCCCUGAUGGUUUUGUCA